CAAAAUCGGUGUUAUGCGGUUGAGAGCGGAGUCCAGAAGAAGAAACUAAACGAAUCUGUUCUUGCUGGGGUUACAGAACGUGAGGUUAGAACGUAAAGAUGUUUCUCCAGGUGUUAGGUUGCUGUCGGUCUGGCAUUGGUAUCGGUAACCGGGCUCUGAGGGAAUCCGCGCGAACAUUGAAACUUGGAACAGCAGCGCUGCAGGCGAGACAUGCUUCAACUUCGGAGGCCCCUCUGAAGCAGACAGUCCUGUAUGACUUCCAUCGUGAUCAGGGGGGGAAGAUGGUGGGCUUUGCUGGCUGGAGUAUGCCCGUGCAGUAUAAAGACAGCCACAUCGUCUCCCACAUGCACACGCGAGAACACUGCUCCGUCUUCGAUGUCAGCCACAUGCUUCAGACCAAAGUCCACGGGAAGGACAGAAUAAAGUUCAUGGAGUCCUUGAUUGUUGCAGAUGUUGCUGAACUCAAGGACAACCAGGGGUCCCUCUCCCUCUUCACCAAUGAGAAGGGAGGAAUCAUGGACGACCUGAUCGUCACCAAGACCGAUCAGGGUUAUCUGUACGUGGUCUCCAAUGCAGGUUGUUCUGACAAAGACUCCGCCCACAUGAAGGCAAGACUGCAGGAGUUCAAAGCUGCAGGUCAUGAUGUGGAUUUGGAGUUUCUGGAGGAGAGUCUCAUUGCUCUGCAGGGUCCCUCUAUGGCACGUGUGCUGCAGCCAGGGGUGACCGAUGACCUGAGCAAGUUGACCUUCAUGACCUCUGUGCUGACCCCGGUGUUUGGUAUCCAGGGCUGCAGGGUCACCCGCUGCGGGUACACGGGAGAGGACGGAGUGGAGAUCUCUGUUCCCACUGGGAGUGCCGUGGCUCUGGCCGAGAAGCUGCUGACCAACGCUGAGGUGAAGCUGGCAGGCCUGGGCGCGCGGGACAGCUUGAGACUGGAGGCGGGCCUCUGUCUCUAUGGCAACGACAUUGAUGAGGACACCACACCUGUGGAAGCCAGCUUGGUGUGGACUAUCGGCAAGCGGCGGCGUCAGCAGAGGGGUUUCCCUGGAGCUGAUAUUGUGGUUCCUCAGAUCAAAGCAAAGACUCAGAGGAAGCGUGUGGGCCUGGUCUCCACUGGGCCGCCUGUGCGACAGCACACCCCCAUCCUCGCACCAGAUGGCCGCGUCAUAGGUGAAAUCACCAGCGGAUGCCCAUCCCCUUGCCUAAAAAAGAACGUAGCCAUGGGUUACGUGGAGGCCGGCUUUAGCAAGGUGGGCACAGCGGUGCAGGUGGAGGUCAGGAAAAAAGCCGUGCCAGCUGUGGUCAGCAAGAUGCCAUUUGUACCUUCCAAAUAUUACACUGGUCAAUAGGGCUGAUGGCUCACUGGACACCUCAAGCAGUGACCAUUAGUGAUCAAUGGCCAUGUAUGAUACGUCACCCAACUGAUCCAUCAGCAUUUUGCACUGCUGAUUUCUAGCUCUGUGUGUACUACUACGUUGUGUUUGUUUGUGUGUGGGAACGGGUUGGAGUUUUUAAAAUAGGUCUGUCUGUGUACACCCAAAGUGGGGAGUACACCAAAAUCAUUGUUUGAGCCAGUCUUAGCCUAUAUGUAGAGUAACAUUCCUUAUCUUACUGUGAGCUUACACUCUUAUAGACAGAAUGUAAGCAACAUAACAGCAUUCCUAAUAUUGUGAUUAAUGACAUCGUGAGGUGUUAGGCAAUUCACCUGCUUGGUCCUAUACUGCGAUAUAACUGCUAGUGACGUCUGCAGUGAUUGUCGUUGUUCAAGACUUCAGCAACAGUGUAUUGACAGUUUAUAACUCCUGAUAGUCCAAAUACUGUAAGUUAUGUUUACAUUCAGCAUAUCAGAAAAGAAACCAAAAUGUAGGCCUGUUUGUUUAAUUGUCACUAUAUAGUGGACCAAUGAUAACAUAUCGAAAUGAUAUGCAAUCAGUCAGACAAGACCCGUACAUUUUAGCCUAUGGCUAUUUGAUAAUGGGCAACAUUAAAAGUGUCCUUGACCUGUGAAAAGAUGACAACAGUAGAACUAGAGAUGUAAUUAUCAUGUUCUCCUUCAUUCCGUGCCAAACUGGACCAAUCACAGUCUGAUUCACAUGGAGGUCAUCCAUCUUGUAACCUGUUCCCCAUCCUCCUUCCUCACCAGUCUCUUGUUGUGUUACGUACUGUACGACAGCAACUGGACCAAAGAUCUCAGCAUGUUUUGUAUCUGUAUGACAUCUGGGGGUAUUCCAAGUACAUGGUGGUAGUGACAGACUUGGGUGUGGUGGGAGUAAGUGGUAGAUCUCUAUGGACUUUUGCAGAUGUGUGCAUGUUCAGCUGCAGACUCCAUGUAUGCAUAGUUGUUGGUAUAGAGAGCCAUAGCAGAGCCCGUGGCUUAAUUCUUCUAACAAGACAAAGCAGUAGGGCUUUUUUUCUGUAAAUGUUCCACUUAUGCUGCAUUAAUUUAGAUUUGUCACUAAGCUACAUACUUGGAAUACCUAUACUGUGACUGUCUGUGGGAACAUUCCACUGGUUAUAUGUUCAUGUACAACACCUA